AUGCGUAUUGGUCAAAUUAUAGCUGUUAGGGGGUGUAAUCACCCAUUAAUUGGGUAUAAAUUGUCACGUUUACAUGGAAUUUCUAUUAAAUUUGUCACACAAAAUCAUUAUUCACGUACUUAUGACGCAAAACCGUUUUGUGUUAGACAUUUUGGUAGUUCGAAUUCAAAAUUCCCCCCUCUUUUCGGGUGUAAGCCAAAAAUUUGCAUCUCAAAGAAGCUAGGAGUAUUUCUGUUUGGUUCUGCAUCGCUAUAUAUUGCCUAUAAUAUAGUCAACGAAUGUCUGUGUGAAAGCUCAUCCGAAAAUUGUAAGAACGGCAGUUGUACCGUGGGGGAAACCAAACGUAUAUUAGUAGGGAAGGUGAAUGAAUUUGAUAAUGGUGGAAUCUAUGAGAUAAAGACGGGCGACACUGGUGAAAAGGUGUUGCUCCACAACAUAAAGGGGAAGUUUUACUGUACCGGCGCCUACUGCCCUCACUUUUCCGCAGAAUUUACACAAGGAAUUUGUACUGAUGAACUGCUAGUAUGCCCAUGGCACAAUGCCAAGUUUAAAAUUAGUACAGGAGAAUGUAUUAGUGGGCCAAUAUUAGAUGACGUGCCAACAUAUCCUGUGGAAAUAGUUGAAGACCAAUUAUACAUUAGGGUGCCUAAAAAUACGGGUUCAGGUAAUGGUAAUAGUGCUGUAAAAAAAAAAUGUAAUCCUAGCGUUGGUGAAAAUAGUACUUUUGUGAUCAUUGGUGGAGGGGCAGCUGCACAUAGCGCGGCUGAGACCCUUCGGGAUGAAGGAUUUUCUGGCACAAUAAAAAUGUACUCAGCUGAUGCUUAUGAACCUUACUACCGGCCCGCACUAUCCAAGUCAAUAAAAACGAGUGACCCAAAAAAGUUGCACCAAGAACAUAUAUUAAAAGACCCCGGGUUUUAUAAUGCCAGAAAAAUUGAAUUCUAUCCUAAUACUCCCGUGAAACACGUGGACAGUACGACUAAAAAAAUAAUUCUUAGCAACGGUACCGCCGUCCCGUUUGAUAAAGUUUUAAUUGCCACGGGUAUGGAGGCGGCUAAUUUGAAAAUACAAUCACGUAGCUCCGCAAACAAUAUUUUAACGCUACGAGGAUUAAAAGAUGUUGAAAACAUUUCCAAAUUCGCAAAAAAAGGAAAAAGGAUUGUAAUUGUUGGUGCUAAUUUUAUCGGAUCAGAGCUAGCAUCGUCACUGAUAAAUAGCGGUGCCCAUGUAACGGUUAUUACGGAUAUGGAGUAUCCCAUGGAAAAUGUUUUUGGUCGUCGCGUAGGUAGUGCAAUUUUGACGUUAUUUGAUCAGAACAAUGUCAAGUUUAUUGCCAAAUCACUAGUAAAAAACUAUCAUCUUAAUGGAAAUUCAUGCAACGCAGUAGAACUGAAUAGUGGCCAAAAAGUGGCUGCUGAUUGUGUAAUUGAAGGAGUGGGUUCUAUUCCAAAUAGGCCUUCGAUUGAUGGCAAUAACAAGGGAUUCAUCCGUGUAGAUUCAUUACAGAGAGUAAAUGGCAACCCAGAUGUAUAUGCCGCAGGUGACGUCGUUGAGUUUCCCUACUUUGUCACCGGUGAUUACAUUAACGUGCAACAUUGGAAUGUGGCCAUGCAGCAGGGUAGGGUUGCUGCAAUAAAUAUGUUGGGGAGGGUAACAACUAAUACUCAAAUACCAUUUUUCUGGAGCACUAUCUUUAGGAAAAAUUUGAGGUAUAGUGGUUUUGUGAAGGAUUUUGACGAUGUAAUUAUUGAAGGUAGUGUCAAGGAUUUGAAAUUUGUUGCGUACUAUGUCAAGGACCAGAAGGUAUUGGCCACCCUUGCAGUUGGCAAUGAUGAAUUUGGAGCAGCCGCUUCGGAAGCUAUCAAGCAUGGCCUAAUGCCCACAAAGGCUGAGCUGAUGCUGGGAGCAAAGAACUCGAGGGACGUGAUACAAACCUUACAAAAUAGGAGGAAAUGA